UGCGUUGUGAGACUGGAAAAGGCCUUCCGGCAGUGAUGGUAUAAAAUACGCACCUGGGCAGACAUACACAUACCGAGCAACUGCUAUGUGCCAGACACCAUUCGCUGCCUUGGGACUUUCACAAGGGACAAAAACUGACAAAACUCGUCAUCUCUGGUUCACGACCAUGGGCCUGGGGUCCCGCACAUACAGUCCUAAGUGAAGAGAAACCUCCACAAGCACCAGCUCCCAGUUCUCACCUCAGCUUUCCCGCCCAAAAUGCAGGACCUUCCUUAGCCCUUGGCGCGAAGUCACUCAGCACGGUUUCCUGAUACCUUCCCCGCCUUCCUCAACCUGGCUCCGAUUCCCUCUUCCCUCCUCAACGCUCCUGGGUUGGUGCUUCCGGUUCUCUCCGGGUCUUCCCAGAAUCAGGCUGCUUCCGUUUUCCUCCUUGCCCCGGCUCCUCUAGGCUUCCGCUUCCUUUUACUUUCCUCCCUUGCCCAGAUUUUCGAUUACUUUCUAGGCUUGGGCUCUAGUUCAUGCAGAGACCCCCUCUCUCCCAUGAAGCCAUCACCCGGCUAUUCCGUGUUUGAAGAACCGCCAGCGGCAACCGUCCACCGAGGACGAAGGAUCAGCGCACCCCGGAUCUCCCAGGAGUCUCGGGGGCGUGGCGCGGGCUUUGCGACGAUUGUACUCCCUGUUGCGCUCGAAAACCAGGACAUUUGUUUUUUAGUGUUGGACUACGUUUCCCACAGGCCCCAGGGCCACGAAUGGACUUCGACUUUUGGUUCCACUUCCGGUAUCUUCGUGGUUCUUGGGUUAUGCCUGUUUUGACAGGGAGCAUGUCGACGGAGCUCCUCAUGCUGUCAUGGCAGAAAUGGAAUUCCCUGACCAAUUCUUUACAGUUGUAAGCAUGGACCAUGAACUGGUGACUUUCAGGGAUGUGGUCAUCAGCUUCUCUCAAGAGGAAUGGGAGUAUCUGGAUUCAGCUCAGAGGGACUUAUAUUGGGAUGUGAUGAUGGAGAACUAUAGCAACUUGGUCUCACUGGAUUUGGAGUCCAAGUAUGACACAAAGUGUUUAUAUAAUGGAAAGAACAUUAUUGAAAAUAACCGUUCUCAGUGGAAAGUAACAGAAAGUAAAUUCCUUGGUCUUGAGAGCUCCAUUUUCAGAAAUAACUGGCAAAGCAAAAGCAAGACUGAAGUACAAAGACCUAAAGUGGGAUAUUUCAGCCAAAUAAAAAUCAUCUCUGAAAAAGUGCCAAAUUAUAAACAUCAUAAAUCUCCUAUAUCACAUCAGAGAAUUCAUGAAAGCAAGAAACCCUAUGAAUGUAAGGAAUAUGGGAACGUCCUUAGCUGUGACUUAAGUUUUGAUGAAUGUGAGAGAAUACAUACUGGUGAGAAAACAUAUCAAUGUAAUGCAUAUUGGAAAACCUUUGGAGAUGAACCACAUACCCUACAACUGAACAUUCAUACUGGUGAAAAACCUUGUAAAUAUAUGGAAUAUGGGAAUCCAUUUAGUUUUUAUGAAGACCUUAGUAUACAUCAGAAAAUUAAUAAUGAUCAGAAGUGCUAUAAAUGUAAGGAAUAUAAAAGGACCAUUAGAAGAGAUGAAGAAAUAACUCCACUAAAAAUAAUUCAUGAUGGUGAGAAACCCUAUGAAUGCACUUUCUGUGGGAAAUCCUUUAGAGUGCAUGCACAACUUACUCGACACCAGAAAAUCCAUACUGAUGAGAAACCUUACAAAUGUAUGGAAUGUGGCAAGGACUUUAGAUUCCAUUCACAGUUAACUGAACAUCAGAGAAUUCAUACUGGUGAGAAACCAUACAAAUGUAUACAAUGUGAGAAGGUCUUUAGGAUUAGUUCACAGCUUAUUGAACAUCAGCGAAUUCAUACAGGUGAGAAACCAAAUGCAUGUAAAGAAUGUGGAAAAACCUUUGGAGUAUGUAGAGAACUGGCUCGACAUCAGAGAAUUCAUACUGGAAAGAAACCCUAUGAAUGCAAGGCAUGUGGAAAAGUCUUUAGAAACAGUUCAUCCCUCACUAGACAUCAGAGAAUUCAUACUGGUGAGAAACCCUAUAAAUGUAAGGAAUGUGGGAAAGCUUUUGGAGUCGGUAGUGAACUUACUCGACAUCAGAGAAUUCACAGUGGUCAAAAACCUUAUGAAUGUAAAGAGUGUGGAAAGUUCUUUAGACUUACAUCAGCACUUAUUCAACAUCAGAGGAUUCACAGUGGUGAGAAACCUUAUGAAUGUAAGGAAUGUGGGAAGGCUUUUAGACAUAGUUCAGCCCUUACUGAACAUCAGAGAAUUCAUACUGGAGAGAAACCUUAUGAAUGCAAGGCAUGUGGGAAGGCCUUUAGACAUAGUUCAUCCUUUACAAAACAUCAGAGAAUUCAUACUGGUAAGAAACCCUAUGAAUGUGAGGAAUGUGGGAGUGCCUUUAGUGUGGGUAAGCACUUUACAUGAUAUCAAAAAAGCUAUUCUGGUGAGAACUCUUUUGAAUGAAAUACAUGUACAAAAGACUUUUGUUUCUGAGUUUCACUGGGAAAACUGAUGCAUUAUAAGAAGAAGUAAUCAAAGCGAUUAUGUUGCUCUUAUUGCUUCCAGACUUUCUGGCCACUCUAUUUAGAAAUACAAUCACUCAUGGGGUGCCUGGGUGGCUUAGUCGGUUAAGCGUCCGACUUUCGCUUAGGUCAUGAUCUCGCAGU